UCAGAGCGGCGGCGGCGGCGGCAGCGGCGGGUGCGGGCAGGAGGCGGAGGCGACGACCGCGGACACCGAGCGGCAGCGGCGAUGCGUCCAAGUGCGGCUGGGCAGCCGCGACAUCCCUGAGGCCCCGGAGGGGCUCCGGGAGCAAAGCGCCGGGCAGGGGAGGACGUCUGUCCCGGAGCUCCAGGACGAGCGCCGGUGUCCAGGGCGGCGGCGUCGGAGCUGCGCACCGAGCCGAGGAGGGGGCUUCGGAGCGGGGCUGGGACGGGGAGGGGGGCCGGCUGGCGCAGGCAGCCCCGGGGGCGGGGGGCGGGGUGGGCGCCGGUGGCGCGAUGCUGGGCGCCGUGGAGCUGCUGCUGCUGGGGGCUGCGUGGCUGGCGGGCCCGGCCCGCGGGCAGAACGAGACGGAGCCCAUCGUGCUGGAGGGCAAGUGCCUGGUGGUGUGCGACUCCAACCCUACGUCCGACCCCACGGGCACUGCCCUGGGCAUUUCGGUGCGCUCCGGCAGCGCCAAGGUGGCCUUCUCCGCCAUCAGGAGCACCAACCACGAGCCGUCCGAGAUGAGCAACCGCACCAUGAUAAUCUACUUCGACCAGGUGCUGGUGAACAUCGGGAAUAACUUCGACUCGGAACGCAGCACUUUCAUCGCGCCGCGCAAAGGGAUCUACAGUUUUAACUUCCACGUGGUAAAAGUCUACAACAGACAGACCAUCCAGGUGAGCCUCAUGCUGAACGGGUGGCCAGUGAUCUCGGCCUUUGCGGGCGAUCAGGACGUGACCCGGGAGGCCGCUAGCAACGGAGUCCUCAUCCAGAUGGAGAAAGGCGACCGCGCAUACCUCAAGCUGGAGCGGGGGAACUUGAUGGGGGGCUGGAAGUACUCGACUUUCUCCGGAUUCCUGGUGUUUCCCCUCUGA